UCUUGGUGUAGUAUAAAAAGUCUAGUUUGGAGCUUCAAUUCGUUGCUUAGCUUCUUUAAUUUGUUAGUUUAAAGGUUUGAAAAUACACAAAUUAAAAAUGGUGUUAUUACUAGUUUUACUAUUUCUUCUGCCUUUCACUCUUAUUUUCAUUUAUUAUUACAAUUUUCCUGCUACUUCCCAGCCACCUGGUCCUCCGGGGCUUCCAAUCAUUGGGAACUUGCAUCAAUUUCAGAGUGCAGAGCUUCAUGUCUUCCUGUGGAAACUUUCCAAAAAGUAUGGUUCCCUGAUGCGCAUGAAACUUGGUUAUCGGGAAGCUGUUGUAAUUUCUUCAGCAACAAUGGCUAAGGAGGCCUUGAAAACACAAGACUUGGCGUUUUCUAGCAGGCCAUCAUUCAUAGGCCAGCAAAGAUUGUCCUAUAGUGGCCUGGACAUUGCGUGUUCACCCUACAAUGAUUACUGGAGAGAAAUGAAAAAGAUUUCUGUUCUUCAUCUCUUUAGCCUAAGGAGAGUGAAGCAAUUCCAGCCAAUCCGUGAAGACGAAGUUUCUCAAAUGAUCAAUCGCAUUUCGAAACUUGCUAUCUCGUACCAACAAGUAAAUCUAAGCGAGAUAAUGAUGUCUCUAACUAGUAACAUAAUUUGUCGGUCGGCUUUUGGGUUAAGGUACGAUGAGGAAGGGCAGGAAAAGAGGAGGUUCCACAAACUUCUGAAUGAAGCUCAGGCAAUGCUCGUGGGAGGGUCGUUACUUGCUGAUUUUUUCCCAUUGUUUGGCUGGAUUGAUAAGCUCACUGGAAAGCUGGCAAGACUCGAGAGAGCUUUCAAAGGGCUAGAUUCCUUUUAUCAAGAACUCAUUGAUAAGCAUCUACAUCCAAAUAGGCCAAAUUCAAUGAAUGGUGAUAUAAUUGAUAUUUUACUGGGUUUGAUGGAAGAGAAUUCAUCUUUGGUCAAUCUCACUUGGGAUCACAUUAAAGCUGUGUUAAUGAACGUUUUCGUUGGUGGGACGGACACGAGUGCAGUUGUUAUAAUCUGGGCUAUGACAGCUCUAAUGAAAGAUCCGAGAGUGAUGAAUAAAGUCCAAAAAGAAAUCAGAGAGUUGAUAGGGGAGAAAGCCGGCAAAGUAUAUGAAGACGACAUUAAACAACUACCAUAUUUCAGGGCAGUCAUAAAAGAAACUUUGAGAUUGUACACACCGAUCCCACUCUUGGUUACAAGAGAAAUCAUUUCCAAAUGCACGAUUGAUGAGUACGAAAUCAAGCCAAAAAUGAUUGUCGUUAUAAACGCUUGGGCCAUUGCUAGGGACCCCGAGUAUUGGAAAGCUCCAGAAGAGUUCUAUCCAGAGAGAUUUCUUGAUUGCAACAUCGAUUACAAAGGACAAAACUUUGAACUCAUUCCAUUUGGAGCAGGUCGGAGAAUGUGUCCCGGAAUGGCACUAGGGCUUGUAGUAGCAGAGCUUGCACUUGCUAAUCUUCUUUAUGCAUUUGAUUGGGAACUACCUUCUUGGAUGAAGAAAGAAGACAUUGACACUGAAUCAUUGCCUGGACUUGCUAUGCAUAAGAAGAACCAUCUGUGUCUUUUUGCUAAAAGUGCUCAGGUGUAGAUCAACUAUGGGAUCUGCAAAUAAUCAAAUAUGAAGUUACUAUGCAUAAGUUUGUUGUUAAUAAGCUUUCACGUUCAUUAUGCAUUUUAUAGAUGUACUGUGUGUUUAAUAUUUCACUUGUGCUUCAAUUCGGUCCAUUUGUAAUCAAA